GGUUCGUGUGGAUCGAAGCCUCCUCUCACUCGUAUCGUGGGUGGCAAGCCUGCAGCUGAGAACAGCUGGCCAUGGCAAGCAAUGUUGAUAACCACCUCUGGAAGGCAGUUCUGUGGAGGAUCACUGAUUCAUCCUUUGUGGGUUGUAACUGCUGCUCACUGCGUCAGUGGAUCAUCACCAUCUAGAGUAAAAGUGAAGUUAGUAAUCUUUCUUUACUCAAUUGAAUCUUUUUGCGAAUCGAAUGAUCUGCCAGUAUUGCGAAGUCGUUAUGUUAAUAAGCUUUCAAGGUCUAAAUAAUAAGUAAAUGUUCUCAAACCGCAGCAUUUCAUAGCCUGAGAAAACAGCUGGUAUUUCGAGACGCCACGGGUUGUUUCCCCGCGAAAUGAGAAACGAGAGCAGACCUGUCACUAGCCAGGUCUGGGUAGUGAUUCUGAUUGGUCGAGCCGCGUGGGAAAUUUCCUUCAGCUAAUCAGAAGCACUAUCCAGAUCUAGGUAAUGAAACGUCAUCAGUAUGGAAUUUCUGCCUCUGUUUCUCAGACGUCAACGGUGGCGUCGCGAAAGGUUGGCUUUUUCUCAGACUACUGCAACAAUUACAAUAUGAUUUUAACAGCCCUAAACUAUAUAAAAAACAGCAACUUCUUAAGGAAAAAAAUAUGAAAAAAGGCUUUAUUUAAGCUGUGGUCGACAUCUGCUGAAUAGGUUGAAUCGUCUAAGGUUUUCUUUUUCUUUUUCAGAAUGGGAGCUCACUUCAGAACUAGUGACACCGUCGGAACUGAGCAGACCAUCAACGUCGCUCAAAUUAUUUCGCAUGAAAAAUACCAUAAGCCUUUGCGAUACGCUCACGAUAUAGCGCUGCUCAAGCUUGCCAAACCUGCUGUUCUUGGGAAAGGAGUUGGACUCGUUUGCCUUUCAAAUCCAAACAACCCUCUUCCAAUCGACAAUCUUAACAAGAAAUGCUGGAUAACCGGAUGGGGAACUUUAACAUCGGGUGGCAGCCAACCUAAAGUGCUCCAGGAAGCUUCAGUUCCAUUGGUUUCUAAAAAGCGAUGCUUGAGAGCCUAUCCAGGUAAAAUUGGCGACUCUAUGAUAUGCGCAGGUCUGGACAAGGGAGGAGUUGAUUCGUGCCAGGGUGACAGUGGUGGACCCCUGGUCUGCGAGUUCAACGGCAAAUGGCACCUGGAAGGAGUGACUAGUUGGGGAUACGGAUGUGCCGCUCCCAACAAAUUUGGUGUCUACGCAAGGGUUGGAUACGUGAGAUCGUGGGUACUAAGCAAAACCGGCAUUACCCCUCCAUCGACCCCUUCACCACCCACACCUCCGCCACCGCAGUCAGGUAUGUAUGUGUAA